AUGAAGAUGUUGACAAGACUCCAAGUUCUUACUUUAGCUUUGUUUUCAAAGGGACUUUUACUUUCUUUAGGGGACCAUAACUUUCUGAGGAGGGAGAUUAAAAUAGAAGGUGACCUCGUUUUAGGGGGCCUAUUUCCUAUUAAUGAAAAAGGCACUGGAACUGAAGAAUGUGGGCGAAUCAAUGAAGAUCGAGGGAUCCAACGCCUGGAAGCCAUGUUGUUUGCUAUUGAUGAAAUUAACAAAGACAAUUACUUGCUCCCAGGAGUGAAGCUGGGGGUUCACAUUUUGGAUACAUGCUCGAGGGAUACCUACGCAUUAGAGCAAUCACUGGAAUUUGUCAGGGCUUCUUUGACUAAAGUGGAUGAAGCUGAGUAUAUGUGUCCGGAUGGAUCCUAUGCCAUUCAAGAAAAUAUCCCACUGUUCAUUGCAGGGGUCAUUGGCGGCUCUUACAGCAGUGUUUCCAUACAGGUGGCCAACCUGCUGAGGCUGUUCCAGAUCCCGCAGAUAAGCUACGCGUCCACCAGCGCCAAGCUCAGCGACAAGUCGCGCUAUGAUUAUUUUGCCAGGACCGUGCCCCCCGACUUCUACCAGGCCAAAGCCAUGGCCGAGAUCUUGCGUUUCUUCAACUGGACCUACGUGUCCACUGUGGCCUCCGAGGGCGAUUACGGGGAGACAGGGAUCGAGGCGUUCGAGCAGGAAGCCCGCAUGCGCAACAUCUGCAUCGCCACGUCAGAGAAGGUGGGGCGCUCCAACAUCCGCAAGUCCUACGACAGCGUGAUCCGCGAGCUCCUGCAGAAGCCCAACGCGCGUGUCGUGGUCCUCUUCAUGCGCAGCGACGACUCGCGCGAGCUCAUCGCCGCCGCCAGCCGCGCCAACACCUCCUUCACCUGGGUGGCAAGCGACGGCUGGGGCGCGCAGGAGAGCAUCGUCAAGGGCAGCGAGCACGUGGCCGACGGCGCCAUCACCCUGGAGCUAGCCUCCCAGCGCAUCCGCCAGUUCGACCGCUACUUCCAGAGCCUCAGCCCCUAUAGCAACCACCGCAACCCCUGGUUCCGGGACUUCUGGGAGCAGAAGUUCCAGUGUAGCCUCCAGAACAAGCACAACCACCGGCGCCCUUGCGACAAGCACCUGGCCAUCGACAGCAGCAACUACGAGCAAGAAUCCAAGAUCAUGUUCGUGGUGAACGCGGUGUACGCCAUGGCCCACGCCCUGCACAAAAUGCAGCGCACCCUCUGUCCCAACACCACCAAGCUCUGCGACGCCAUGAGGAUCCUGGAUGGGAAGAAGUUGUACAAGGAUUACUUGCUGAAAAUCAAUUUCACAGCUCCAUUCAACCCAAAUAAAGGUGCAGAUAGCAUUGUCAAGUUUGACACUUUUGGAGAUGGAAUAGGACGUUACAACGUGUUCAACUUCCAGUACAUGGGCGGCAAGUAUUCCUACUUGAAGGUUGGUCAUUGGGCAGAAACCUUAUCAGUAGAUGUCGACUCUAUCCACUGGUCCCGGAACUCAAUCCCCACAUCCCAGUGCAGCGACCCAUGUGCACCCAAUGAAAUGAAGAAUAUGCAACCAGGGGAUGUCUGCUGCUGGAUCUGCAUCCCCUGCGAGCCCUACGAAUACCUGGCUGACGAGUUUACCUGUAUGGAUUGCGGCCUUGGGCAGUGGCCCACUGCAGACCUAUCUGGCUGCUUUGACCUUCCUGAGGACUACAUCAGGUGGCAAGAUGCCUGGGCCAUUGGUCCAGUCUCCAUUGCCUGCCUGGGUUUCAUGUGUACAUGCAUGGUUGUGACUGUCUUUAUCAAGCACAACAACACACCCUUGGUCAAAGCAUCAGGCCGGGAGCUCUGCUACAUCUUGUUGUUUGGGGUUGGCCUGUCCUAUUGCAUGACAUUCUUCUUCAUUUCCAAGCCGUCACCAGUCAUCUGUACAUUGCGCCGACUAGGGCUGGGGACCUCCUUCGCUGUCUGUUACUCAGCCCUGCUGACCAAGACAAACUGCAUUGCCCGUGUCUUCGAUGGGGUAAAGAAUGGCGCUCAGAGGCCAAAAUUCAUCAGCCCAAGUUCUCAGGUUUUCAUCUGCCUGGGUCUGAUACUGGUGCAAAUUGUGGUAGUGUCUGUGUGGCUCAUCCUGGAGGUUCCAGGCACCAGGCGGUAUACCCUUCCAGAGAAGCGGGAAACAGUCAUCUUAAAAUGCAAUGUCAAAGAUUCCAGCAUGUUGUUCUCACUUACAUACGAUGUGGUCCUGGUCAUCUUAUGCACUGUGUAUGCCUUCAAAACGCGGAAGUGCCCAGAAAAUUUCAACGAAGCCAAGUUCAUUGGUUUUACCAUGUACACCACAUGCAUCAUCUGGUUGGCCUUCCUCCCUAUAUUUUAUGUGACUUCAAGUGACUACAGAGUGCAGACAACGACCAUGUGCAUCUCGGUUAGCCUGAGUGGAUUCGUGGUCCUGGGCUGUUUGUUUGCACCCAAGGUGCACAUCAUCCUGUUUCAACCCCAGAAGAAUGUGGUCACACACAGAAUGCACCUGAACAGGUUCAGUGUCAGUGGAACUGGGACCACGUAUUCUCAGUGUGAGAAAAGAAGAGAAGUUACUUCUCAAGGAUAUACAAUGAUUCAAGAGUUGACACUGGAUUUCCUGACUUGUGAUUAG